GGCAGUUCAUUUAGUCUUCUUCUGCAGUUUAAUGAUGAAUAUCCACUGUGCAAUCCUGAUGUUCAUCGCAACCGUGGCUGGAGUAUCAGCUGCUAGCAACCUUAACGAAGACAAACAAUUAGUCGAUCGGAGUGAAAUUCCGCCCCCCGGAAGUUGUUCACCAUGUAGUGGAAAUGUCUGCCUGUAUGGUGGGAUAUGUCACGUGGACGGAGACCGCCCUGUCUGCUACUGUGCGCACAAUUAUGUUGGACACGUGUGCGGCAUCAAACUAGACCAUUCUUGCAAGACACACGCCUGUGUAUUUCUCAAAUCGUUUGAGCGUGGAAGAAGCCUGGGACAAUGGAUCCUGCACGAAACUCAUUAUGUGGCGUCGAACCAGUUGAUUGCUAAGUUACCAAGAGGAGGGAAGACUGUACUGACAACGGGUGAAAUUUUCUGGGGUUACAAAAAGCACAAUCUUUUCUUCCGUGUGAUGUUCUACAAUGCAUUACAAUAUGUACCAAUCCAGGCAGACAAAGUCCUAGUAAUUCUACAACGUCCCUACGCCGAGCCCCAGGUCCUGAGAACUUUGGAAAGACCCCAGUUUAAGAACCAUGUCGUAUCAAACCAGUUUUGUAUAGAGCUGCCCAAAACCGGAGACCCCAAGUUUGCAAUAUCUUUCAAAAUUAUUUGUGCCUCUACGAAGUGUGCAAAAGCUGUCGAUUACCAGGACAUUACCCAGAUCUCCCUGAUGGGGGUCACCAUACAGGAGACCACAUCCGGGUGCAGUCAUUGAAAGUGUUUAUGGUUGCUUGAUGUCUUAAUCCAAUAAAUUAGAAUACAAAGUA